AUGAAUUCAUUACCAAUUGAAACAAAACUUGAUAUAUUUAAAUUCCUUAAUUUCACUCAAUUAUUCACUUUUAAACAAACAAAUUAUUAUUAUCGAAAUUUAAUUAAUAAAUAUGCGGCAGAAUUGGCUCGUAUGAAAUUCAACAAACUUUCAUUGUGGCAAGCAGCUAUAUCUAAAUCAAUUUCAUUGUUUUUACAUGAUUUUGAACCUAACAAAGAAUUUAUUGUUUGUUUGGAGAGAACAUUUUUCUAUGCAAAUGAUAAAAAACCUCGUUAUUAUCUUUUGAAAUUGCCCAACAUUCCCAAAAAUAUGGAAGAAAUGAUUAUUACCCGAAAUUGUUUGGAACAACUUUUUAAUUGUGCCUUUGAAUAUGCCUAUUUUAAUAAAAUUGUGUUUAAUCCAGAAAUAAUUAAUUUAUUAUUUGAUAACAACCAAACAAUUUCUCCACAAUUUCACAUUCAAAAACCCUCUCUAUCAACUAGCAAUAAUUUAUUUGAAAAUAUUUUUAGAUUCGUUUUGAAUCAUUUAAAGAUUUUUGAAUUUGUUAGUGUUGAUUUCAAUCACAUGGACAUUCCAGAGGAAAAUACAUAUAAAUAUUUUGUUUAA